GAAGAAAUCCUCCUCCCCCCUUUCUGCAUCUUUCUUUCCCCGACCCCCGUCUCCGCUUCUCUUCUCGAGAGCGCCCGCCGCACGCGAGAUCGGGAGGAGGAGCCGCGGCGGAGGAGCCAGCGCCCCGCAUCCCUGAACCCGUCCCCGCCGGGUGCUGUUGCGGCCGCUCCCCCACCCGCGUCGGCGGCGCGGCCUCGCGGACGCAGCGCCACCCCUGAUCCCCUCGGCCCCGCGCGCGGCUUCUUUGGUGGGGCAGCGAAUGCCGUGUGCUGCCGCGUAGGGUCCGGUGGUUGCGAGGGCUGGUGUUGAGUGCUGCAGAAGGGAGGGAAGCGGUGCUUGGGCCGUUGGGCGGCGGUUCGGUGGGAGAUCCGGUGAGCGGGGAUGCAGCAGGAGCAGCGGAAGAAGGUGGGUGCGGGGGUUCCAGCGAUUCCUGCCUCUUUGAUGUUUGUUCAUGAAUUUCCGGGUUAUCUUGUGUUCCUGGGCACCGCGUUGAUGCUUGAUGUCGAUUCCAGUUCUAGGCUGCUAAUAAGCGUGAGCCGUCGAUUGCUAAUGUUCGGAUCAACUUUUUUUUUGAAUUUUUCUGUUUGUUUUUGUAUGUUUUGACGGGACUCGUUGAUGUUCAUACCAUUUGCGGAAUCUGAAUUUGAUCUGGGUACUGCUGUGACGCAAGAGGUCAAAUGCCGCGUGAGCUGAGCGAGUUCAGCAGAGGCCGAGUUCUUCACGGAGUAUGGAGAUGCAAACCGGUACAAGAUCCAAGAAGUCAUUGGUAAGGGAAGCUAUGGUGUUGUGUGCUCGGCCAUUGAUCUGCACACUCGACAGAGAGUGGCCAUAAAGAAGAUACACAAUAUAUUUGAGCACGUCUCUGAUGCUGCAAGGAUCCUUCGGGAGAUCAAGCUUCUCAGACUACUAAGGCAUCCUGACAUUGUUGAGAUCAAGCACAUUAUGUUACCUCCCUCGAGAAAGGACUUCAAGGAUAUUUAUGUUGUUUUCGAACUUAUGGAGUCUGAUCUCCACCAAGUUAUAAAGGCCAACGAUGACUUGACGAAGGAGCAUUACCAGUUCUUUCUCUAUCAACUACUCCGGGCUCUCAAAUACAUUCAUACUGCUAAUGUUUAUCAUCGUGACCUAAAGCCCAAGAAUAUUUUAGCGAACUCUAACUGCAAACUGAAAAUAUGUGACUUUGGACUAGCACGAGUUGCAUUCAAUGAUACCCCAACAACAGUAUUCUGGACGGAUUAUGUCGCAACAAGAUGGUACAGAGCUCCUGAGCUUUGUGGAUCCUUCUUCUCCAAGUAUACGCCAGCUAUUGAUAUUUGGAGCAUUGGAUGCAUCUUCGCUGAGGUGUUGACAGGGAAGCCAUUAUUUCCUGGUAAAAAUGUUGUCCAUCAGUUAGACUUGAUGACCGAUCUUCUAGGCACACCAUCAAUGGAUACAAUUUCUCGGGUUCGGAAUGAGAAAGCAAGGAGGUACUUGAGCAGCAUGAGAAAAAAAGACCCAGUUCCGUUUUCUCAGAAGUUUCCCAAUGCAGAUCCUUUGGCACUUAAACUAUUGGAAAAGCUAUUAGCGUUUGACCCAAAGGACCGUCCAACUGCAGAAGAGGCAUUGCGUGAUCCAUACUUCAAAGGUCUUGCCAGGGUUGAAAGGGAGCCAUCCUGUCAGCCAAUCAAAAAAGUGGAAUUUGACUUUGAGCACAAAAGAAUGUCAAAGGAGGAGAUAAGGAAGUUGAUAUUCCGCGAGAUAUUGGAAUAUCACCCGCAGUUACUGAAUAGCUACACAAACGGCACAGAGAGGACAACCUUUCUCUACCCAAGUGCUGUUGAUCAAUUUAAGAAGCAGUUUUCUCAUCUUGAAGAAAGCGGUGGUAAUGGCCCAUCUGUUCCAAUGGAUAGAAAACAUGCAUCCCUUCCCAGGACUACCAUUGUUCACUCGAAUCCAAUUCCUGCCAAGGAACAACCUCUUGCUGCCUCAUCGAGGGUUAGACCAGUCUCUGAUGAUUCAUGCAAGAAUCCUUGGGAGAAAGAAAGAGGUCCUGCAAAUGUUCCCAGGGCAUCUCUGCCCCCACAAGGGCUGCAAGCACAAGCAGGACCAGGAAGAGUUAAUGGCUCAGUGAUGAAUUCAGGGUAUCCUUCCCAUCAGCAAAUCCCACAAGCGUACGGUUACCAUCAAAUGCCUGCAAGAUUGGACAGUACCAACCAAUCACAAGCCAUGGGUGGUUAUACACUGCAUUCGCAGGCCCAAGCUUGUGCAAACAGCAAAGGCACGGCCGAUGUUGCUGUAAACAUGAGAGCGCCCCCAUUCCAUGUUCCAGCUGGCCCCAAGAAUAACCCGCUAGAUAGAAUAACAUCAGGGACUGACAUAUACACACGAUCUCUUAACGGCAUUGUUGCUGCCGCAGCAGCAUCAGUUGGCACUGGUACUGGUACUCACAGAAAUGUUGGUGUUGUGCCCUCCGGCAUGUCAAGGAUGUAUUAGCUUGCUGCAGUGGUUGCAAAUCUUAGCUAUAUGGGUCACAGCUUCAUCAGGACUAGCCUGGAAGAAGUGGCAUAUGCUAUAAGCAAUUCAUAAGAGGUGACCCCUAGAGUCUUGGACUCCUGUUCUCUUUUACCCGUUGUUGGUAAGCCAUCUAAUCAGGCGGAAAAUGGUGCCCAUUUGCGCACAACUGAAGUAUCGAUUAAUUGAUUUUUUAAUGGAAA